GCAUCGCAGGGCAGCGGAGGCAGAGCGCUGCGCUCGCCCGCACCCUGGCCGCCCGCGCGGCGGAGCCGGGAUCUGCGACUGGACGCGACGGGCCGCCGCCGGCCAGCACCGCCCGGCCGCCAAGAUGUGCGACUGCUUCCACAUGAUGCUGCCCACCUGGUCCGAAGCCCCUGGCAGCGCGUCUGGCCAGCAGUUGCAGCCUGAAGAGCCAGAUGCAGAAACCGCGGAGGACCAGUCCGUGACGGAAGGGUCUGUGGAUGAGAUCAUUCGGCCCCGGCCACAGGGGUCCUCGCCCGUCUACGAGUACGUGACUGAGGGCGCCGGCUUCGGACUCCCGUCCACGCAGGAGGCGACGGAGGGGACACUGAAGACCAAGGUGGAGGCCGGAGCCAGUGGCUACAUUGUCACGGGCGGUGGGGACCAGGGGAUCUUUGUCAAGCAGGUGCUGAAGGAGUCCUCAGCUGCCAAGCUCUUCAGCCUGCGAGAAGGGGAUCAGCUGCUCAGCACAACCAUAUUCUUUGACGACAUUAAAUACGAAGACGCUCUCAAAAUCCUCCAGUACUCAGAGCCGUACAAGGUUCAGUUCACAGUCAGGCGGCAGCUUCCCGCCCGGGAGGACGAGGAGGGAGCUUCCGGCGGCGCUCCGCGUGGCUCGAGGGGCAGCAAGAAGCAGGACCAGGAUAUCGCCGAAGGGCGCACGGAGACCCCCACGGAGACGCUGCAGGAGGAUGGAGACCAGGAGAGGCUCAUCUCCAAGCCCAGGGAGGGCAGAGGCAGGCAGCCCCAGAGGGAGCGGCUCUCCUGGCCCAAAUUCCAAGCUCUGAAGAGCAAGCGUGGGCCAGGGCCCCGGAGGUCGCACAGCUCCUCGGAGGCCAGCGAGCGAGGGGACGUGCCUGACCUGUCCCCCACGAGCACAGACACGGAGGCCCAGCUCCCGGAAGCAGGGCCAGGCAGGCAGCGGAAGAAAAGCUUCCCGAACCUGAGAUUCCGGGUGGGCUCAGGGAAGGGGCUGUCGGGCAGGGGAGCCCACGGGGGGACAGUCCAGGCUGGGGUCCUGGUGGAGACAGGGCCCCGGGAUUCCGGGCGAGAGGCCUCCAGGGCUGCCGCCCAUGGCGGGAGAGAGGACAGGACGGCAGGGGUGCCAGAGGCCGCCGAGCCCCCCACGGAGCCCGGCCUCCCCACUGAGGGAGCCCCCGGGGAAGGGGCCGGCCCAGCACCCAGACCCCGAAGAAAGACAAAAGAGGCCAAGGACAGGGGGGAGACUGUGCCCCAGGGAAACGCCGGGCUGGGCCCAGCGCCAGGACAGAGCAGGGAGGGGGCCGGGGAAGGCACGCAGGCGCUGGAGGCCGGCAUUGCCAGGCUGUCUCUGCAAGACUCAGCAGACCAAGGCAUCCACCAAAACCACCAACCAGAAUUCCAUGUCCGCAUACCCACUUUAAAGACACCCAAGUUUGGACUUUACAAAGAAAAAGUGCUCGAGAAAGAAGGAGCCGCGACAGCUCUCCAGCAGGGACCACGGCAGAGAAGGGUCUCUGCUGAGGGCACGGAGGCCAAGGGGGAGGAUGCAGGGGAAGCAGAAAAGCACAGGCCCAGACAACCCCCAGUCCAUCCGCCAGCGCAAGAGGGAGGAGCAACGGAGGAAGAUGCAGCCCAGAAGAGAGACGAGGACAGCAAGGGCGGGGGCCCGCACACGGACGAAAAGGAGGGGAAGAUGAAAAUGCUAAGGUUCAAGCUGCCCUCCUUUGGGUGGUCGCCAGCGAAGGAGGCAAAAGGAGACAAAGCGACACAACUCCAGGAAACAGAGAAGGAAAAGGAGAGCAGCAUCACAGUAGAAACGUUAGAGACGGAUGUGAAAGGCCAAGGUGGACUAGAGCGAGACGGCAAGUUCCAAAUGCCCAGGUUCAAGAUGCCGUCCUUCAGGGUGUCAGCGCCCAGCAAGUCCGUCCAGGCCGCCGUGGAGGUGUCCGUGCCCAAGGCCCAGGCCGAAGUGACCCUGACCUCGGUGCAGGCCGACGUCAAGACCAGUGACCUUAGGAUUGAGCAGCUCUCCACCGAGCUGGAGGUCAAGGCCGCCGAGGUGGGCGUGAAGCUCCCGGAGGGCCACCAUCCCGAAGCGGAGCCCAAGGAAGCAGUAGCGGGAAUCGGACUCAAGGGCCACCUGCCCACGGUGCAGAUGCCCAGCAUCAAGGCCCCCCAGGUGGACAUCAAGGGACCCAAACUGGACCUGAAGGACGCCAAGGGCGACGUGAAGGUCCCUGAUGUGGAAGUGUCACUGCCCAGCGUGGAGGUGGACAGCCAGGCUGAGGGCAUCAUGCUGGCGGGCGACAUGUCCCUGGGGGACAAGGAGGUGGCCGCCAGAGACAGCAAGUUCAAAAUGCCCAAGUUCAAGAUGCCGUCCUUCGGGGUGUCAGCGUCCAGCAAGUCCGUCGAAGCCUCCUUGGACGGGUCUGGCCCCAAGGCCCAGGCCGAGGUGACCCGGCCCUCGGUGCAGGCCGACGUCAAGACCAGUGACUUCAGCAUCGAGCUGCCCUCCUCCAAGCUGGAGGUCAAGGCCGCCGAGGUGGGCCUGAAGCAACCGGAGGACCACCUUCCCGAAGUGGAGCCCACGGAAACAGCAGCUGUAAUUGGACUCAAGGGCCACCUGUCCAAGGUGCAGAUGCCCAGCAUCAAGGUGCCCAAGGUGGACAUCAAGGCCCCCCAGGUGGACAUCAAGGGGCCCAAACUGGACCUGAAGGACGCCAAAGGCGAGGUGACGACCCCCGACAUGCAGGUGUCGCUGCCUAGCGUGGAGGUGGACACCCAGGCCGCGGGCACCAAGCUGGUGGGCGAUGUGUCCCUUGGGGACAAGGAGGUGGCCACCAGAGACAGCAAGUUCAAAAUGCCCAAGUUCAAGAUGCCGUCUUUCGGGGUGUCAGCGCCCAGCAAGUCCGUCCAGGCCGCCAUGGAGGUGUCCGUGCCCAAGGCCCAGGCCGAAGUGACUCUGCCCUCGGUGCAGGCCGACGUCAAGACCAGUGACAUCAGCACCGAGCUGCCCUCCACCGAGCUGGAUGUCAAGGCUGCCGAGGUGGGCGUGAAACUCCCAGAGGGCCACCCUCCCGAAGCAGAGAUCAAGGAAGCAGUGGCGGGAAUCGGACUCAAGGGCCACCUGCCCAAGGUGCAGAUGCCCAGCAUCACGGUGCCCAAGGUGGACAUCAAGGGCCCCCAGGUGGAUAUCAAGGGGCCCAAACUGGAAUUGCAGAAUGCCAAGGGCGAGGUGAUGACCCCCGACGUGGAGGUGUCACUGCCCAGCGUGGAGGUGGACAGCCAGGCCGCGGGCAUCAUGCUGGCGGGCGAAGUGUCCCUUGGGGACAAGGAGGUGGCCGUCACAGACAGCAAGUUCAAAAUGCCCAAGUUCAAGAUGCCAUCCUUCGGGGUGUCAGCACCCAGCAAGUCCGUCGAAGCCUCCUUGGAGGGGUCUGGGCUCAAGACUCAGGCCGAGGUGACCCUGCCCUCGGUGCAGGGCGACGUCAAGACCAGUGAUCUCAGCAUCGAGCUGCCUUCCGCCGAGCUGGACGUCAAGGCCGCCGAGGUGGGCGUGAAGCUCCCAGAGGGCCACCUUCUCAGAGCAGGGCCCAGGGAAGUGGCGCUGGGAAUUGCGCUCAAAGGCCACCUGCCCAAAUUGGAGAAGCCCAGCAUCAAGGUGCCCAAGGUGGACAUUGAGGGGCCCAAACUGGACCUGAAGGACGCCAAGGGUGAGGUACUCACAAAAUACCAGGUGACUCUCCCUGGAGCCGCUGUCUCCCCGGGGCUCCCUCUGGAAGCGGCCCCUUGUUCCCAGAACGAUGCCUAUCUUCCCAGCUCAGAAAGUUCUGCCAGUCUUCCAACCCAGGAGAGAGUUGCAGCAUCCCAGACUGACAGUCCCGCAGGCCCUGUGGACCCCAUGUUUCUUGCGUCAUACGGUCGGGUGAGUUUUCCUAAGUUUCAUCCACCAAAGUUCGGGUUUUCUGUCCCAGAAGCAGCCGAUGCAGAGGUGGAGGCCGGUGCCGGGGGUUGUGCCCCCUCUCUCUCCACUACUGGCCCUGCCCGGGGCCUGGACUCCACAGCUGUGCCGCGCAGCGCGUGGCCGUCAGCAGUGGCUGCAGGUGAGAGCCCAGCUAAAGAUACUGAACGUGGAGGGAAAGAUAGUCCCUUAAAAAUGCCGUGGAUCAAGCUUCCGUCAUUCAGCUGGUCCCCAGAGAAGGGGGCGGUGCCCCCAGAGGACCCUGAAUGCAACCUGGACGACGCAGAGAUCGGCGUGGCUGUGGACACGGGUCUCAAGGGCGUGCCCCCUGGGUGUCCUGUGUCUGCAGUGGAGGUGGCUGUGGACGCGCUUCCGGAGAAGGAUGGAGAGGAGAGUGGCGUGGGGUCGCCUGGCUGCGCUGUGCUGGAACACGCACCCCUCACAGGGCUCACUCCAGAGGGAGGGCCCGGCCUGCCACGCGGAGACCCCGCUGCUCCACGCUCUAGGCCCCCGGCGGGGGGUGGCGCUCCAGAAGGAGCGGACGUGGACCCCCAUCUGCCACAGGCCCACACUCCCCUUUUGGACUUUGUCAGACCCGACCUCAGACCCAGCAAGGCCAAGGUGGGGGGGAGCUCGUCAGCUGGUGGCCCUCCGUCUCCGGGACACAGCAGCCAAGGGCACGGGCUCCGGGACGGCCCGGCAAGCCAGCCUCUCGGCGAGGCGAUGGCCCCCUCAGUAGGAGACCCCCAGCAGCCGUCCUGCAGCCCAGCAGAUGUGGACGCUCCCGCGGUGGAGAGCGCGGCCUCGCAGGGGGGCUGGUUCAGGAUGCCCGCGCUCCGCCUGCCCAGCCUCCGGCGCCCCGCCAGGGAGAGGGGGGCGGCUGGGGCUCGGGGGGCGCCAGUGCCCGCGCCUGCUGCCAGCACACUGAGGGAAGGAGAAAGCCCAGCUCCAGUCAGGGGUCAGGGGGUUCCUGGGUCAGAGGUGGAAGAAGCUAUGUCCCUGCAGCCCCCAGAGGCAGGGGCGGACGAGGCAGCAGCGGAGCUGGCGUCCUACGCAGACGCAGACGUCCUAAAGAGAGGUCCUGGGGACAAACGCUCAGAGCUGCACCUCUCUCCUGCAGGGGCACCUGCUGCAGGCCUUUCCCCUUCCGAGGCCAGGGUCCGUCCAGGCGAAGGCUCCCUCCCUCUUCAGAUGCCUAGCAGCAGGCUUUCAGGAACCCAGGCCCCUCCUGCUGGGCCUGCAGGACCAGGCCUUGCUGCGGGGCAGGGGCGGGCAGAGGAAUGGCCCUCCCAGCCUGAAGGCCCCAUUAAACUGAAGGCGUCCAGGACCGCCGGGCCGUCCCAGGUUUCUGUCGUUAACAUGGGUCAGCCCUGGGAAGGCUCCGUGGUAACUGUCAGACUGCCCAGGUUAAGCGUGCCAAGGUUCGCCUUUCCUGACCCCAGCUCCGAGGCCGACGUCUUUAUCCCCGCUGUGACAGAAGUGCAGUGCCCGGGGAGCAGCCUUGCCCACGCCCUGCACGAGGGAAGCCCGGGAGUCUGGGGCGCCAGCAUCCUGAGGGCAGGUGCUGGGACCCCUGAGGGGCAGCCCGUGGCCCUUGGCUUCUCCCCGGAAGCUUCCCCCAUUUCCGAGGUCAGAGUGCAUGUUCAGCGUGCGCAGGGAGAGGGCCCCGAGGUCGCCGUCCACAGCAGGGCGACGGCAGAGUUGGCUGACCUCUCGGGACCCGAGGCUAUUUCCACCCAGGUCGUGCGGCAGUUGGAGAUCCCCGCGUCUGAGAUCCAAACGGCUUCUUACGGAUUCUCGUUGCUAAAGGUGAAGGUGCCGGAGCCCCGCACGCGGGUGAGUGUCCGAGACUCCCGGCUGAGGGACGGCCUGCAGGAGGCUUCCCAACAAGCCGCCCCGGGAGCAGAGCCCGCCUCUGGAGGUCCGCAGCCGGACACCGCAGGACCGUCUGAAGUGAUCUCGCCCAGUGUCGAUGUGCCUGGACAGCCAACGUUCACGCCCAAAGUGCACUCUGGCCGCCAGGGUGCCGACAGCUGCUGCGACAAGGCCGAGGGUGCAGAGGUUCUCGCAUUUCCCCCUAAAGAAGCCGGCGGGGAGGCAGCUACCUCCCGGGCAGAGGAAGGCUCGGCUCCAGGAGAGAAACCAGGAGGUAGAAGGUCUGGUCUGUUCAGGUUUUGGCUUCCGAACAUUGGCUUUUCUUCCUCUGCCGAAGAGCCACGCGCUGAUUCCAAAGGCGAGGCCCGCGCGGCGGCUGCCCUCCAGACACAGCCUGGGGCACGGCCCGAGGCAGAGCUCCCUAGGAAGCCCCAGAGGGCGGGCUGGUUUCGAUUCCCCACAUUAGGGCUCUCCUCCUCUCCCACCAAGAAAAGCGAAAGCUCUGAAGACGAGGCAGCUCUGGCGGAGCAAGACGCCCAAGAACAAGCGGCCACGUUCUUUGAUGCCCCAGAGAGCUUCUCUCCAGAGGGCGAGGGGGCCGGGGGGCCGGCGGAGACUGCGGGCGCCAGAGCGAUGGCCACGUCCACGGCAAGGACGGGGCUGGUCCUGCUGGAGCAGGACCCAGAGGGCGGGAUGCACCUGCACCCGGGCCCACCACAGAGUGAGGACAGACAGACAGACGAAAGGAGGCCCUGCGAAGCUCCCACCGUGAGGACGCGCAUGUCCACCUUGAUUCACAGCACCGAGAGCGAAGCAGAGGUGCCCGAGAGCGGCGGGGCCCCGCCCUCACACAGCCCCCCCGAAGUGGGACCCCAAACACGCCGGCCUCCCAGAGCCUCGGCAGCAGAGGCGGCACCCGGACGCCCCACGCGACCCCAGCCCCACGCGGGGUCCUGUGCCCCUGACGGUCUUGGUUAGACACGUGUUACUCGAGACCCCUGCCCACCAGGCCCUCGAGAACACAACUGCUGCUUGGAGAAGGGGCUGUGACGGCCGUGGGCGCAGAAGUCGUUUGGGGUUCAACUCCUGUCCUGCUGCUGCCUCCUGGUGAAGGUCGAUUCGCUCUUUCGGGCAGAGUCCGGCGUGUUCCAGGAGACCCCGCUCCCCGCUCGCUCGCAAGCCCCCACUCCGCUGUUGGAUGGCUCGCCGCCAGCGCGGCAAAUGCACGCCCCUGGGCUGGGGGCGGGCGAGCCAGCAGAGGUCGUUCAGACGGCCGUGAGUUCCCACGGGACGGUCUGUGGGCGUCCGCUUGCCCGCGGCACCCCCCCCCCCCGCGUGCCCGGCCCCUCAGUGUACCCGCUGCGGCCAGGCUGCAGACGGGACCUGUCUGGCUGCUCCCGGGACCCUGGACGGGCAAUAAAUCCAGUGCUGCUUCCCCAGUGCUGACUGUGAGGUGUU